ACAAAGUACUAACUACUACAGCACAGCUAAGUUGCAUUCCUCGACAAGUGAUAGCGUCAAACCAGGAAUAAUAUCUAUUUGGAUUAUACACUUCCUUCUCACAGUUGGAAAAGUAAUUUUCGCGAUUUCCUUAGUUUCUUCAAGCUUAUUGUAUGGCUGCUCUACGUUUUAGUUAGAUUAUACAUCUAUAUUUUUGUAAUAUAUAUAUUUUUAAUUGAGGAAAAUAAUAUUCGCAGUACUGUCAAAAUUGACACUGUACUUGGGCAACGCGAGAACUUGCCAUCGAUCAGUGACAAAAGUAGAUUGUCGCCCUCUCUUGAGAUAAUUUGUUCAUUUUUAUCCUCAAAACCAAGGCACGCGUGUGCGAGCUCUGAUUGGUCGGCUUGUCACACUUAUGGGCGGGGCGUAGUAAACGGAGAGUACCCGAAAUGCAAUGACAAAGAGAGCAGAUCGAGCUGCUAGAAGUUGAAAGCUCGCAGAUAGAGUUGAGUGGAAGGAUUACCAAGAAAGGAAUAACGAAUCGGCUGCACUGCCUUCUUGGCGUGCUAUGUUUUUUGGAAGUAUGGGGCGUUUUACCUGGAUUAAUACAGUGAUUUUUGCUCUGCAUUGGAUUAGCAUUAUUUCUAAGGUCACUACAGCUGCAGGGAUAUUCGAACUACGCCUGAACUCCUUUUCCAACGACCAAGCCAAGGAUAUCCAUGGACAAUGUUGUACUGGAAAUAAUACAAGUACCGAUCUCUGUGUUGGACCUUGCAGGACAUAUUUUACAGUGUGCUUGCUCCAUUUUCUUCGUGAAAUUCCCGAUGAACCCUUGCCAGAACAAUGCACAUUUGACUUUCGGAAUACAUCUGUUUUGGGAGAAAAUUCUUUUGAAGUUACUGAUGGAUUAAUACAAAUUGCUUUUGAUAUUGAUUGGCCGGGUGACUUUUCACUUGCCCUAGAUGCCUGGCACGACGAGAGCAGCAAUGAUGGAGCUCGAAGGCGCCUUGAAUCGCUCCGGGUCCACAGGUCUCUGAACGCCAGCUCGGUGUGGUCAAACUUCACCUACCCGACGGCAUUGCACACGCUGGACUAUUCGUAUCGAGUGGUCUGCGCUGAGAACUUCUACGGGUCCAAGUGUCAAGAAUCCUGUACGCCUCAAGAUGACAUCUUCGGGCAUUUCGUGUGCAAUAACCAGGGUCAGAGGGUCUGCAUGGAAGGAUGGGACGGUGUCUGGUGUGAUAAAGCCGUUUGUUCAGAGGAAUGUGUGCAUGGUUCCUGCGAUGAGCCCAACACUUGCAAAUGCGACAAUGGGUACAAAGGAGCCGCAUGCGACCAAUGCCAGACUUAUGAGGGCUGUGAACAUGGGACAUGCAACGAGCCAGGAGAUUGUAUCUGUGACGAAGGCUGGGGAGGACUGCUAUGUACAACAGAUUUAAACUACUGCACCAACCACCAACCAUGCCUGAAUGGCGCUACUUGCCAAAAUGAAGGAAUCCUUGACUAUCGAUGCUACUGUACACCUCUAUUCACUGGCCAGACAUGCGAGACUGCUAUAGCUUGCCCUUGCCUCAAUGGAGGAACUUGCAGCAGUGGUCCCGACGGUUAUACUUGCCUGUGUCCUGUUGGGCUGACGGGGGAUUUGUGCGAGAAGCAGGUUCCUAGAUGCGAGUCAAACAUGUGCAUGAAUGGCAGUACAUGUAUGGAAACAUUUGAUGGCUACCGCUGUGCCUGUCAAGAGGGUUACACGGGCACUCACUGUGAGAUCCGUGACCAUUGCUCUUCAUCGCCUUGCCGCAAUGGAGCUACAUGCAUCAACAACAACGUGGCCUACCAGUGUACAUGUCCAGAUGGCUUCCGCGGAGAUCAAUGUGAGGAGAACCUCUGUGCAACACGUGGAUGUCUAAAUGGUGGUACCUGCCGCGCGGAAUCUGAUUCAGUCCAUUGUGAGUGUCCUCUCGGAUUUAACGGUGAUCACUGCCAAAACAACAUCAACGACUGCGCCUCGUCACCUUGCAAGAACGGUGGAACUUGCUACGAUUUGUUGAAUGACUACCGUUGUGAAUGUGCCUUCGGAUUCGGCGGACCCAACUGUAGAGAUCACUUCACUGUUUGUGAUGGAGACAACCCCUGUGCAAAUGGAGGAACGUGCCUACGAGAUGUGAUGGGAGGUUUCAUGUGUGAGUGCGCCGAAGGAUGGAGAGGUACAACAUGUACACAGUCUACUGGUCCAGUCCAAACAUCCGUACCUACUGACUGGCAGCGUGGUUCACAACGGCCUAACAUCCGGGCUACCAGUUCACCUACCAUUAAAUUUGGAUUAUCAGAUACCACUCAGCUGGUCAUAUACGUUGCUUUUGGAUUAUUGGUCAUCGUGCUUGUCAUUAUUCUGAUAAUUGUGGUGUAUAGAAAACAACAUCACCCCGACCCAAGGCAAAACGACCUGGAAUCAAAUACAACAUCAACGCCAAAUAACAGAAAUAGACAUACAUAUAAAGACAAUUUCUCACAGGAGGAAAAAGUACUGCCUCUCUUGAGCAUAAGUGAAAAAGUGUGCAACAAAGAGCAGGACACAUAUAGCAAAGCAAAUUCGCAAAAUACGUCGUCAGCUUUGCAACAUAAAACAAAUCAUUACUCAAUUGAAGAGUACGAAAGGCCGCCGCCUUCAAAGAACAAAAUGAUGAUUAUUCAAACUUCAUCAAAUAAGCAUAAUGUGCCACAAGCAAGACAUUCUUAUCCGAGAAAAGACUCAGAUGAAUAUUAUUAUUAUGAUGAAAAACAUGUGCAACUUCAGAGAACAGACUCUUUGCAAACGCCUAGCCAAAGCUCUUCUUCACAGAGUACGCCUAGACACACGGGAUCAUGUACAAUCUCACAAAUAUCGGCUGUAGUCGAAGAUAGUAGGGGAACGACAACGCCGACGUCUGUUGGAUUAUUCGCAACUGAGGUAUGAGAGAAGGAGAGGGGAAGAUGUUGCAAUAUUAUUUUCUUCAUGCGCUAUGUAUUCAACGCUAUUACCCACUGCCAAUGGAACAGCGCCGCUCAUAGGAGGACACCCAAGGAGAGAGAUGGAGAGACUUGAUAAUUAUUAAAUGGAGGGCGCCAAACUAAUUGAAUCUAAAUAAAUUUCUUUUAAGAAAAAAACAAUUAUCGCCACCAAAUUCUAUGCACCGUUUAAUCUUUCAUGCCACACCAGGUUACCUGGUUGAAGCAGCUCUCAUAUCCAUUUGUCUACAAUUUUUUUGGAGAUAAAAAGCCAUUGUGUGCCUUUUUGGAAAGAUAACAAGACUUAUGAUAAAGGAAUUUAAAUUAUUGUGUUCUUUUACACGCAGCAAUAUUUAAAUGAUUGUUAUUGUUACCUGUAAUUUGCAAUCGACAAUUUAAAUCAUGAUUAUUCACACUUGAAGAUCCAAUAAAUCAGGCGCUCACCUACAAUAUUCCCAAAAUCAUGUUUCCGAAAAAAAAACAAGACGAAAGAAAGGGAUAGAGAGACAAACCAGGAUUCACCAAGUUCUUAUUCUUGGCAUUAUUUCAUCAUUAAACUCUGUACAAAGUUACACGAAAUGUGCUGUAUCUGAAACAUAUAAACAAAAUAUACGGUUUUUUGCAAAACGUUCAAAUUCUGUAGGCUAUAGGAUGUUCAGUCAGUGGAGCUGUGUUGUGAAAAGUGACAUUAUAAAUACCGGGCAGAAUCUUGCCAAUUUCAUUCAAAACUCGUGUAGAAAUUCAUGACCGUUUUAUUGGACUUGCUCACCAGUCUUCAGUACGUAAUUCACACUAUAGAGCAGACUAUCAAGUAGCAGUCGUUUUUUGUAUUCCAAAUUUGCUACUUAUAUUUAUUAAAUAUGAGAAGAAAAUGAAAAAAAAAAGAUUUAAUAAGAAAAAUUUUAAAGUACACAUUGUAGAACAUGUACUACUUCUUCUACUAUUACUACUACUGAUGUGUUAAAUUAUUGAGAUAUAAAGUUUUCUUGAUAUAUUUUAUAUAUUUUUGUGAGUUGAGAUUUUUCGUUUGAUUCUGUUAUUUAAACAAAGUUAUGAUGUGAAGCAUACGUUUAAUCGUACUCUUGUGACGUAUGUAAAUGUUUCCAUAGAAUUCUAUCAUUAAUCACUUGAUACACGUGAGAAACGGACUUCUGACAAAGUCGUUUCCUUGUCAAAUGAAUUUUGAUAGAACUCUAUAUCAAGGUAAAUAUAUGAAAAGCCAUGUGGUUUUUUUAUAAAGUAAUUCACUUUGUAACUUAAUUUUUGCUAUGCAGAGGGACCAAAAUGUAAGUCGUUGUGCUCAUAUAUUGCGAGCAAUCGUGUUAUUGUUAGCUUUACAAAUACAACUCAUCACAAACAUUAAUAUUUAAAUGUUUUUGAGAGAUUAAAAAAAAAAUCAACAAUAUUGUUAUGAAUUAAAGUGUUCACGCUCUUGGCCAACUUUAUUACACAUGUUAAAGAAAUUUUUGUAUAUGCUAUGUAUAUUUCUAUAGCUCAGAAGUGUACAGUUUGUACAUAAUG